AUGGCCAGCUCAACAGCAGCACUUGACACCAGUGCCUUUUCGGACCCCAACUUUGACGUCAAGGGCUGGAUCAAUGCGACCUUAAAGUCUCGUCAUCCGAAUAACAGCACAGCAUCCACCACCAGCAACAGCCAUGCUUUACCUUCAGAACAGGAUGUCACCAUUCUUGCAACACGACUACAGCUUUCGAGUGAGCAAGUAUCGCGUAAAGUGGGACAAACGACUGAUAGCGUACUCAAGUCCAUGCCGCGUAUGCUUUACGACAUCAAGUUGAUCACGGACGAUGCACAGGCAGCCAAACGCGGUAUCGACCAAGUGCGAGUUCACCUUGAUAGCACCCAUAACGAUGAUACAGAGACCGCCCUUUCGAAGCUUGAGCAAUUGCAUAUUGUAAAAACGCGUAUGGAGAAAUGUUGUUCGGCUCUCAAAGAAGCUGAAAACUGGAGCAAUUUGGAGGCAGAGGCAACACGAGUACUUGAGAAUCAGGAUUAUGAAGGAGCAGCCAAUCGACUUGAAAACGCACAACAAAGCUUGAAUGUCUUUCAGCAUAGUCCUGAAUAUAGUCGACGUAAAGAAUUAUUACGACGAUUGCAGCAACAACUCGAGGAUGCAUUACGACCCAAAGCAACCGAGGCACUUGGAUCACAUGACGCUGUUGAAUGUUUCAAGUACUACAAGGUGUUCGGCAAAAUGGGACGUGCAGACUACUUUGUGGAUCUGUAUUUUGAAGUGAGGAAUCCAUUGAUAUUGAACAAGUGGAAAAAGAAGCAACAGGAGGAAUAUGGUGAAGAUGACGAUGAUGCACAUUGGAUUGCUUCUCUCGAUUCCUUUUACAAGACUAUCUUUGAAUCCUUGUCAGAAGAGUACAUUUGGUCAGCUUCCAUUUUCCCUGAUCCAAAGCCUGUGGUACAAGCUCAAGUACAAAGCAUCCUUCAAUCAUUGGAUCCUUCCAUUGCUGAUCGUCUUGCGUCUAUUGCCACUCAUCAAGGUACAAAAGCGUUGCCUUCUCUUGUAUCAGCAUUCGUAGCAACCGAAUCAUUUGGAAUGUCACUUGAACGACUCUUUUCAAAACCACCUGUCAACACGGCAUCAGCAUCGGAUCAUACAGCAGCUUCUCUCGAAUCGCUCAAGACGCGUACACGUCGAAGAUCUAGUGUCAGCCAGCUCUCUUUGGUCCCAUUGACGUUGCGACAUGCCGAUACCAAUGCAUGGUCUUAUGUACUAUACGUUCCCUUUUUGCCCUUCCAAUCACAAUAUGCAACACUGGAAAGCAGGUAUCUCAAUGAACAACUUGUGGAUGUAUUCGAGGAAUUCAACACGUCAAAGUCAGCCAUUGGAAGUGGAGGAGGACCACUUGCAGAAGCAUUACAGCAAACAACAUUGACGCAUGUAGUAGCUCAAAUAUACGCCCUUGCCAACGAAUCAUUGACGCGAUGUAUGAAAUUCACCCAUGGGUUUGGGGCAGUGGAAUGGAUAAGAGCAUUGAAUGGAUACAUGAACGAGAUCAAACGACGCUUAUCCAAUGUCAUACGCAAGAUGCAAAAGCAACAACAACCACGAAUCACCGAUACAGUGGAGGAGAAUGGAAGUGGAAGUGGUAGUCAUGGAGAUUGGCCAGCGUUUCAGAUGGAAUUACGACUCUUGGGUAUGUGUCAAGCCUUGGAUGCUCAGCUACGAUCGUUUGAGGAGAUCAUUUGUCAAAAGCUCGAAUCCACACGAUCACUGAUUCAAGAAAAGGAUCAAGAUGACAACCCAUUGCUGAGUCCUGUGACACCAAGCGUAUUAUCAUUCACGGAUCGAUCAUCAUCAACAUCAUCAUCGGAUAUUCGGGAACAUAGGAGACGAUCUAGUUUUGGAGGCAAUGCACACAAUUUUGAAUCACGUCAUGAACGAAAGCGAAGUACCAGCAGCUCGAUUACAGAACCACCUUCAUCACAGCACUCGAUUUACCCACGAUCCUCUAUGGCCCUGUUACGCACAUCACGUCUCAACAGCCAUGAAUUACAACGAGUGAUUGGACAAGUAUCAACGUUGAAUGAGCAAGAUAGCGUGGUGACAGUGAUGCUCAAGGAUGCCCAUCAGGCGAUCUAUGAUUUGACGGCAGAGUGUCAAGUGAUGCUACACAAAGCAAUUCUUGGUCCUAUUAUUCAGCACCUCGAUACCAUUCCCACCUUACGAUCAGUAUGGACCGCACCAGAACCACAAUCCCGCCGCAAGAAUGUCCAAGAUGCUACCAUCCAUGCCGAUAUGCCACAAUUCAGCCUUUCACCUAAUGCAUACAUCACUCGCAUCGGCGAAAAGCUAUUGAUGUUGCCACAAGAAUUCGAGGUUUAUGCCGAUGAUAGCAGCUUGCGAUACCAUAUUGAGUCUGCGCCAUUUAUUGAAAAGAGCGACUUGACAGCACAGGAUGAGGAGGAGGACCGUUUGGAUUCAAAUGAAGAACAACAACAGCAGCAGCAUCAACAAGAACAAUCGGGCAAUGACGAGGAAGAAGAGGAGGAGGAGGAAGGUAGCGAUGUGAUACAACUAUGGACUACAUCCGUGGCACGAGGCACUAUGGCACGAUUCCUGGAUGAGAUUCGGAAGAUUCAAAAAACGACACCACAGGGUCAACGUCAGCUACGCACCGAUAUUGAGUAUUUGGUCAAUGUCUUAUCAGCACUCGAUGUUCAACCAUUGCCAGACCUUGUCGAAUUUCACAGCACGUUGAGCAAAUAG